GCCUCUUCCGUGUAGAAGCCCACCGCCUCUCCCCCAACACCAUGGAGUACGUGAAUGCGCUGGCACCAUCCACGUUGCUGAAGUCUGUCUCUAGUGCAGGCUCGGAACUCACCCGGCGAGUCUGGGCUCCAAGCCCCCCACCCCAGCGGCCCUUCCGAGUCUGCGACCACAAGCGCAACGUCCGCAAGGGGCUGACGGCAGGGACCCUGAAGGAGCUGCUAGUCAAGGCAAAGGAGACACUGCUCAUCUCCGGUGUCAUUUCCUUGGUUCUGGAGGAAGACGGCACCUCUGUGGAGACCCAGGAGUUCUUCGAAGUUCUUGACGACAACACGACCCUGAUGGCACUUGAGAAAGGCCAGAAGUGGAGCCACGGAAAGGGCAGCAGCCGCGCAUUCGCGCUCAGUCGCGAGAAGCCCCGGAACAGCCGCGACAUCGCCCGCAUCACGUUCGACGUGUACAAGCUCAACCCCCGAGACCUCUUCGGCAGCCUCAACGUGUCCGCGACCUUCUAUGGCCUCUACUCCAUGAGCUGCGAUUUCAAGUGCCUGGGACCCAAGAAGGUGCUGAGGGAGGUCCUGCGAGUGGCGUCCGCCGUCAUGCAGGGCAUCGGGCACAUCCUCCUGGGAGCGUCCCACUACAUCCACCGCCUUCUGGAGGGCGGGGACAACUGGCACCCACACGCCCGGCUGAGAACCUAUGAAGGGUGAUGCCACCCCCGCCCGAAGGACCGCGGCAGAGAGCUUCCCGCCCGCGUCCAGCGCUGCGCAAAUCUCAGGGCUGUAGCUUGACUGGGGACGCUGAUUAAAAACAGAAUU